GUGGGCUUUAAGAGUUUAAAGUCUUUCCCUACUCUCCGUUUGCCCUGUGCUUCAACUUUAAAUUAAAGAUGUUGAAGGUGAGACAGCUCAGGGGACACCUUUGGAGCAAGAGCUCCACACUGGAAGGCAGUCAAAAUGAAUGAACAACAGAGGGCCCUUAAGGGCUGAAAGGUGUAAAAGAGAAGAUGAAGAAGAUAUAACCAGCAGGCUUUGUUAUACUAGACAAGAAAAGAUGAUGUAAAAUACUCCUCAGGUCCUAAGAGAACAUCGCUGCAGCCAACUGGAAGGUUCCACCUGCCAAAGAUGAGGAACCACCGCCGGACAUCUGCGCGUUUCCCGCACCUUUCGAACCCAACUUGGAGUCCAAGGAGAACGCAAGAACCUGGAGCACAAGAUUGCAGGAUCCGGCGCUUACUCCCGGGAGGUCAGCGGCGCGCUGCUAGCCAAGUGAUGACAAUCCGAGAGAUGGAAAUCCAGUCUUCCGGAGUUUCCAGAGGACUCUCUAGAGCCGCUGCAGCUUGUGAUUGGCUGGUCUCUGGGCAUGCGCAGUGGCCGCGCCAGGGUUGGUGGUGCUCAGAGUACCCACCGGAAGGGCUGGAAGUCGGGGCCAUGUCGGCCCAGGGCGACUGUGAGUUUCUGGUGCAGCGAGCCCGGGAGCUAGUGCCCCAGGACCUGUGGGCAGCCAAGGCGUGGCUGAUCACAGCCCGCAGCCUCUACCCGGCCGACUUCAACAUCCAGUAUGAGAUGUACACCAUCGAACGGAAUGCAGAGAGGACUGCCACCGCAGGGAGGUUGCUGUAUGACAUGUUUGUGAAUUUCCCAGACCAGCCGGUGGUGUGGAGAGAAAUCAGUAUCAUAACAUCAGCGUUGAGGAAUGAUUCGCAAGAUAAGCAAACCCAGUUUUUAAGAAGUUUAUUUGAAACCCUUCCGGGUCGGGUCCAGUGUGAAAUGCUACUGAAGGUGACUGAGCAGUGCUUCAACACGCUGGAGCGAUCGGAGAUGCUGCUGCUGCUGCUGAGGCGUUUCCCUGAGACGGUGGUGCAGCACGGGGUUGGCCUUGGGGAGGCACUGCUGGAAGCUGAGACCAUUGAAGAACAAGAAUCCCCUGUUAACUGCUUUAGAAAGCUGUUUGUCUGCGACGUCCUUCCUCUAAUAAUCAACAACCAUGAUGUUCGCUUGCCUGCCAAUCUGUUAUAUAAAUACUUGAACAAAGCAGCUGAAUUUUACAUCAACUAUGUCACUCGGUCCACACAGUUGGAAAACCAGCAUCAAGGUGCACCAGAUACAUCUGACUUAAUGUCACCUAGCAAACGUAGCUCUCAGAAGUACAUAAUAGAGGGACUGACUGAGAAAUCGUCCCACAUUGUCGACCCUUGGGAGAGGUUGUUUAAGAUUCUGAAUGUCGUUGGAAUGAGAUGCGAGUGGCAGAUGGAUAAAGGAAGACGAAGCUGUAGUGACAUGCUGCACCGGAUGAAGGAGCUCUGCAGAUACAUGAACAGCUUCGACAGCGAAGCUCAUACCAAGUAUAAAAACCAAGUGCUCUACUCCACCAUGCUGGUGCUCUUCAAGAGUGCGUUCCAGUACAUCAGCAGCAUCCAGCCAUCUCUCUUCCAAGGUCCUAACGCCCCAAGCCAGGUUCCACUAGUCCUUCUGGAAGAUGUAGCCAAUGUGUAUGGUGAUGUAGAAAUUGACCGCAGUAAACACAUACACAAGAAGAGGAAGCUAGCUGAGGGAAGAGAAAAAACCAUGAGCUCAGAUGACGAAGAGUGUUCAGCGAAAGGCAGAAAUCGGCACAUUGUUGUCAGUAAGGCUGACCUCAGCAACUCCAUCGAAGUGCUGGAGAGCUUCAAACUGGCCAGGGAGAGCUGGGAGUUACUCUACUCUCUGGAAUUCCUUGACAAAGAAUUUACAAGAAUUUGUUUGGCUUGGAAGACAGACACCUGGCUAUGGCUGAGAAUCUUCCUCACAGAUAUGAUCAUCUACCAGGGUCAGUAUAAGAAGGCAAUAGCCAGUCUGCAUCACUUAGCAGCUCUCCAAGGAUCCCUUUCCCAGCCACAGAUCACAGGACAGGGGACUUUAGAACACCAGAGGGCGCUCAUCCAACUGGCAACAUGUCACUUUGCUCUGGGGGAGUACAGAAUGACAUGUGAGAAGGUCCUGGAUCUGAUGUGCUACAUGGUGCUCCCCAUACAGGAUGGAGGGAAGUCGCAGGAAGAGCCGUCCAAAGUAAAGCCCAAGUGUAGAAAAGGUUUGGAUCUGAAGCUUCUGCCCUGUACCAGCAAGGCUAUUAUGCCGUACUGCUUGCACUUGAUGCUGGCCUGCUUUAAGCUGAGAGCUUUUACAGACAACAGAGACGACAUGGCACUGGGCCAUGUGAUUGUCCUGCUCCAACAGGAGUGGCCACGGGGAGAGAACCUUUUCCUGAAAGCCAUCAGUAAGAUUUGCCAGCAAGGAAAUUUCCAGUAUGAGAACUUCUUCAGCUAUGUUACAAACAUUGAUAUGCUGGAGGAAUUUGCUUAUUUAAGAACCCAGGAAGGAGGGAAGAUUCAUCUGGAAUUACUCCCAAAUCAAGGAAUGCUGAUCAAGCACCACACAGUCACUCGAGGCAUCACCAAAGGUGUGAAGGAGGACUUCCGCCUGGCCAUGGAGCGCCAGGUCUCCCGCUGUGGUGAGAACCUGAUGGUGGUCCUGCAUCGCUUCUGCAUUAAUGAGAAGAUCCUGCUCCUGCAGACUCUGACCUGAUCGACCUCCCUCCUGGCCACCAGCAGCUCAGCUGGGACAAGCGCUGCCAGACCAGGGCUGGGGAAGAAGGAAGACACCAAGUUCUAACUCCCUUAGUUGCUUCAAAGUUAUCCCAAGAGUUAGGGAGUUGUUUCUAUUUUUAAGACUUCGGGUUUUUUAAUUUGUACAAAAUAAGAGUCAAUCCAUUUUGUAAAUAAAAAUCCUAAAAGUUUGAAGUUUGGAAAAAAA